UGACAUUAAAUGUGUCCAUUGAAGUAUUAGCCUACUGGAAUAGUUAUCAGUUAACACUGAGACUUGAGUUGUUUCUAAUUAUUGCAUUUCGGACAGUGAUAUAGCAUUUGUCUAAGUACAGUUGUGUUUGCUCAAGCAAAUGGUGUUUCGGUUUUAUGUAGACAUACCCUUGGCUAUAGGUUGUAACGCACCAAGUGUCAGACGGCUACACUAUGUCAAUAUAAUAAAAAGGGUUAUAAAUAUUAAAGUUAUCCAGAUGAUGUCACCAGCUGUCCCGUUAUAUAAAACGCCAGUGCGAAAUGAUCGCCUAGCUCUACCCUUCCUCUAGACAUCAAACCCCGAGAAGUCCUGCGCCACGCUUACCAACAUGAUCAGCAUACGCUUUCUGUUGCUUGGCUUCACCUGCUGCGCGUGGAUCUCCUGGGUUACCUGCGAGGAUUUUCUCGAAAUUCGUUCAGUUGAAGACUCCAUCAUCAAAACUCAAGAGGAGAAAGAUUUGAUCGACGCACUCCAAGAAGUUCUCGAAAAGCUGAGAAACAAACAAAUGCCAACAACAGAAAAGAAACUGGGCUGGGUUCCGUCGUGCGAUGCUGGGGAGCAGUGUGCCGUUCGCAAGGGCGCGCGCAUUGGAAAGCUGUGCAGUUGCCCGAGAGGAACGUCCUGCAGCUUUAAUGUGCUGAAGUGUUUGUAAAGAUGUUUCGCCUGAAACUGUUACAUUAGUUAAAAUAUUUGUCGUUAUCUAUUUAUUUUAACAACAUGCCAUUAUAUCAUCAUUGAGUUGUGUCCUUUUCCAUCAAGCCUUUUGUGAAACUUUUACUGACACCCAUUUAACCCACCUCAAAAUGACGGUGGAAAUAAAAUGCAUUCUUAUUGGUAAUGUAAAUAUAAAUUAUUGUACUUAAAUAAAAAAUGCAUAUUUGUAUAAAAA